AUGGAACCAUCGGAGUUCCAAUACACGUUACGCAAUGAUGGAUCCAAUGAUGGUGGUGACGAUUGGCGGAUGUCGGAUCCAGGCUCGUUCUACCUUAACUUUACACACCCCGAUCUUACAGGUUGUGAUUGUUCUUCACCACAAUACAACUCACUUGCCAGGGAUUGCACACCGAGUCUACUCUCUCUUGGUUUCAGCAUCAAUCCCAAUACUACGAACUUCUCAGAGACUCUGGAUAUCUCUUUGGACAUCAACUCGGUUGGCUGGAUUGACUCUGAAGGAUGGUCGGAUUCAACUGCCUUGGCCCCUUCAGAGCGCCUGUGCCCUAAUCUGACAUUGAUCUAUGGAGACUGGGAUCCGCGGUCUAAUUCGUCAUUGAACAUAGGGGGUGUCGCUUGCUAUUACAACUUUGAAGAGGCCCAACUCAACAUCUCGUAUGCACUUCCACAACAAACUGUGACCAGGAUAUCCUCGACAAAGACUUCACUCGUACAUGGAGAUCCUAGCUGUUGGCCCUUCAGCGAGUACAGUAUUAACAACUAUUUAGCAAACAGUGCAUCGGGACCUUACGAUAGUCUGUUCAUGGCCGCACUGAACGGAAGCGAUAGACAGACGUUCUUCGAACCUUCCAAUGCUGCCACCUUGGCAAGCCUAGUAAGCCAGAAUUACGAUACAUUCGUCGCUCAGUAUUUCAGCUUCAAAAUGCGCAACACCAACUUCACGAAUGGAGUGACUCAAGUGCCGAUGACUCUUGUCGACGAAAGCCGCCAACGCCUGUUCCAGAGCCGAAUAUCUACGAGUAUCUUGGAGGGAUUACUCGCCAUUAUCUGGGUGUGCACAGUUUUUGCUCUUGUUCUCUUUGACAGUAAAGAACUGCUUCCGAAAGAUCCAUGCAGUAUCGCGGCUCAAGCUAGUCUCUUUGCCGAUUCUGAUUUCUUGGACCUGGUACCUUCUGGAGCCGAACAACUCUCCGACAAAGAGCUCUUGGAGACGACCCCUUACAAGGACCAUCUUUUCAGUAUGGGAUGGUGGCAAAAGGAAGGUGGAGGAGAAAGGAAGUUCGGGAUCGAUAUCGGACAAGCUGUGUCGACAGGUUACGAAAAUCAGUGA